CUCAAUCCCAACUUGCUUCGAAGUUCCUUCCCUUGCUAGCUAUAAGCCCAAACAAUCAAGAGACCACUACCGAUGGCAAUGGAGAAGCUUUACUUAAUCUUGGUUGCCAUGGUAGUCUUCUUGUUGGCUAGCAGGGUAACAUCUCAAGCUGCACUUGCUCCUGGUCCGGAUAGUCAACCCCUUGAUGUGAAUUACCUUUUAAAUGAAGAGAAGUUUCUUAAAGUUUGUCCGCUUUUUAAACGCAUAACUGAUAAUAACUGUAAGGAAGCCAUUGACCAAAACGUAUUUCAUUAUAAAAAAGAAAUUAUCACCAAGGACUGUUGUAAGCAGCUCGUUUCUUUCGGGCGUCGAUGUUUUAAAGCCUAUGUGGAUUCAUUGAAGUUGGUGGGAUAUUUUGCCUUUACUAAGCAAUUGGUGGACCCACAUGUAGCACAUAUUUUCCGUCUGGCGGAUGAAGUUUAUUACCUGUGCACUCUAAAAAUCAAAGAAUAGUACACAAUUGUGCCUUCCUCUUCUAAAGAAGACUUGUUCCUUCCUUUCUCUUUUCUUAUGGUAUUUUUCUAUUAUCCAUUCUCAUAAUAAUAAUAAUAAUAAUAAUAAUAAAUACAAAUCAAUCUG